AGGGAGGGAGGGAAGGAAGAGAAAGAGCAAUAAUAGGCAACCCAGAAGCACACACAGCAUUAGAUGACCACUCCACCCACUGAGGCUGAACUCACAGAGUUUCUGUAAAGAUCAUGUUCUUUCUAUGAUUCAGUGGGGGGUUGUCUUUUUUGGGGGGGAGGUGCUAAGGUCAAACCUAGGGUCUCAAAUACGCUAGACGCACACUGUAUCACAGUGCCACACCCAAAGUCCAAAACAUGCUGUUAAAGCUGAGAUUUAUUUACAGAAAACAAACAGUCCUGCUUUGUCACAGGAUCUGCUGGAUUUGCUGACCCAAGUGAGAACAGAAUCUGAGAGCUCCCAGUGUAGAGAUGAGGGACCAGAGGAGACAACCUGGGUCCAGGCUAUGGGGCUUGGCUUAGCUUGGCUAUGAGAUACAGGCUCUUUUUGGGGACCCAGACUCAGGCAGGCCUGAGCUAACACCAAACCUGCAAUGGACACAGCUAGGCGCUGGUCCUGAGUUCCUUCAGGGGUGCAAGCGGCACCACCCUAGGAGAUCCGUGUGUCUCACCCCAGGUUCCCAGUGGGACUGGACAGACUCAAUGGUUUGUUGGAUCCCACCUCAUAUCCUGGCUUUGAGACAGUCUCAAGGAAGACCCUACCCUUUCCUCACCCCAACCUUAUCCCUGAUUCUUGCCCUCAGCCUGACCUUUGUCCUAACCCUAGCAUUAGCCCUUUACGGGGCUGGCAUGCACCCCACCUUUGGCCCCUGCCUCUCAUAUUCCCAGGAGCCCAUCUUCCAAGUGGGUUUGGCCAGCUGUCUAAGGGUACCCACAGCUCACUCAACCCAUGGAGAUGCUGCAAAGGUAACUUCACCCACGGGGCAAGAGCACAGCACAUAGCAAACAGUACCAGGGAACCCCCUGUACAGGCAGCAGGACCCCUCCCCAGGUGGUCUUUCUCAUGGAGGGAAAACUCACAAUAAAUAGAGUAGACUCAGCAAAUAAAUGUCUCUGGUGGGGUACCAGGACCCAGGGUGGAAGCUGGAUUACCUGGCAGGAUCAGGAGGAGGCCCAGCCUCUCUGAUAUCCCCCUAGGCCAGCCCCAUCCCAGGCACCCAGGUGUGUGACUGAUGGUGUCCACAGUGAUCUGGCAGUUAGGACGGGCUGUUGACAGGCCCCACCACGGCCUCCAGGACAGCCAGAUGCGGGAGGUGCUUAUGGGCCCCUAGAGUACAUGUGUCAUGCCCCCCACUAGGAGUAGAAAGAUAAUGGGGCCACAGCCACUGCAGAAUUUUCCAAAGAAGUCUUGAGUCCUGAUAAAGCAGAACCCCGUAUCCUGUUUGGCCACCACUGUGCCCGGCAGGCGGUGGCAAUCACAGGCCUGGAGUACGGGGUGCAAGUGGGUGCGGCAGGGGAAGGGCACACCACCCCUAUAUAAGCUUCGGAGAGCUAGACACUCGAGUCGCAGGGGGGCAGCAGCAGGACUGCCUACGCGCCCAGCAGUAGAAGACCAGGGCUGGUGGCCGCCUCUCUGCUCCAGGAGUGCCACCAUGCUCAGGGGUCAGCAGCUGCUGCUGUUGCUGUUCUUCAGGGGACCAUUAAUCAAUGCUGGUGCCUGGACUGCAGAUGCCACAGAUUCCAACACUGAGGAUAACCUGCAAUCCUCCCCAGAAAAGGGCUGGUGCUCUACAUGGGGAACUGGCCACUUUUCCACCUUUGACCACCAUGAGUACGAUUUCAAAGGGAUGUGCAACUAUGUCUUUACGGCUACAUGUGGGGAUGCCUCACCCACCUUUAGCAUCCAGUUGCGGAGAGAUAGGGAUGGGAACAUAUCCCGGAUCAUCAUAGAACUUGGGGCUUCUGUGGUCACUGUGAACAAGGCAAUCAUCUCUGUCAGGGACAUCGGGGUUGUUAGCCUGCCCUACACCAGCAAUGGCCUCCAGAUCACACCAUACGGCCAGAGCGUGCAGCUGGUGGCCAAGCAGCUGGAGCUGGAGUUAGUUGUCAUUUGGGGUCCAGAUGCCCAUCUUAUGGUCCUGGUAGAGAAGAAGUACAUGGGCAAGCUGUGUGGACUGUGUGGGAACUUCGACGGGAAGACAGACAACGAAUUUCUAAGCGAGGAUGGCAAACUUCUGGAACCUCACAAGUAUGCCACACUCCAGAAGCUAGAUGACCCCAAUGAGAUCUGUGCCCAUGAGGCCAUCCCCAGCCCUACCACCCUGGAGACCAGAUACGCCCAUAUCUGCAACCAGCUACUGACCCUGGUGUCCCCUGGGUGUGACGUGCCUAAGGAGCCACUGGUGCUGAGCUGCCAGGCAGACAUGGCUGAGUGUGCCCAGCCAGGCCGGCAGAAUUGCAGCUGCGCCACACUGUCUGAGUACUCCCGUCGAUGUACCAUGGCCGGCCAGCCUGUCCGCAACUGGAGGACCCCCGGACUCUGCCCCGUGAGCCAGUGCCCGGGCAACCAGGUGUACCAGGAGUGUGGUGAGGUCUGCGUCAAGACUUGCUCCAACCCACAGCACAGCUGCUCCAGCUUCUGCACCUUCGGCUGCUUCUGCCCCCAUGGUACACUACUUGACGAUAUAUCCAAAAACCAGUCCUGUGUGCCAGUCAGCCAGUGCCCCUGUAUGCUCAAUGGUGUGGUCUAUGGCCCCGGGGAGGUCACAGGGACAGCCUGCCAAACCUGCCAGUGCACCAUGGGCCGCUGGACGUGCACGAAGCAGCCUUGUCCUGGCCACUGCUCCCUAGAAGGUGGCUCCUUUGUCACCACCUUCGAUGCCAGACCCUACCGCUUCCACGGCACCUGCACCUACACUCUUCUCCAGAGCCCACUGCUUCCCAACGAAGGCACCCUCAUGGCUGUGUAUGACAAGUCAGGUUACUCACACUCAGAGACCUCCCUAGUGUCUAUCAUCUACCUGUCCAAGAAGGUAAGGCUAUCUGCCCUGAAUCAAGCACACGCUGUGGACAAUCGCUGCAGACCCAGCAACUGGCUCCUGCUCCUCUUACUCCCUGCUCAUACUCCUCUGUCCCUCCAGGACAAAAUUGUCAUCUCAGAGGAUGAAGUGGUCACUAACAAUGGGGAUACCAAGUUGCUGCCAUACAAGACACACAACAUCACCAUCUUCAGGCAGACAUCUACCCACCUCCAGAUGGUUACCACCUUUGGACUGGAACUUGUGGUCCAGCUGCAGCCCGUCUUCCAGGCGUACAUCACAGUUGGGCCCCAGUUCAAAGGCCAGACCAGAGGGCUCUGUGGCAAUUUCAAUGGCGACACAACGGAUGAUUUCACAACCAGCAUGGGCAUUGAUGAAGGCACUGCCUCACUGUUCGUGGACUCCUGGCGCGCAGGGAACUGUCCAGCUGCCCUAGAGCGUGAGACUGACCCCUGCUCCAUGAGCCAGCUCAACAAGGUGUGCGCAGAGACCCACUGCUCCAUGCUGCUGAGGAAGGGCAGUGUGUUUGAGAAGUGCCACACUGCGGUGAACCCCCAGCCCUUCUACAAGAGGUGUGUGUACCAGGCCUGCAACUACGAGGAGACCUUCCCUCACAUCUGUUCUGCACUGGGGGCCUACGCCCAUGCCUGCUCCGCCCGAGGCAUCCUGCUCUUGGACUGGAGAAGCAGCGUGGACAAUUGCACUGUGCCUUGCACUGGCAACCGCACAUUCAGCUACGAUAGCAAGGCCUGUGACCGCACCUGCCUGUCUCUGUCGGAUCGUGAGACAGAGUGUCAUGCAAGUGCUGUGCCAGUGGAUGGCUGCAACUGUCCUGAGGGCACCUACCUGAACCACAAGGCAGAAUGUGUGCACAAGGCCCAGUGCCCCUGUCUGCUGGACAGCUACAAGUUCGUCCAGGCUGAUCAGUCAACCAUGAUCAACGGGGUCAUAUGCUACUGCAUCAAUGGCCGCCUGAGCUGCCCACGGCAGGCUGAGAUGUUUUUGGCAUCCUGCCCAGAACCCAAGACCUUGCAGUCCUGCAGUCAGUCGUCAGAAGACAAGUUUGGGGCUGCAUGUGCCCCCACGUGCCAGAUGCUGGCCACAGGCAUUGACUGUGUACCCACCAAAUGCGAACCUGGCUGUAUCUGUCCCAAGGGGCUCUAUGAGAACAGCGACGGGCAGUGUGUGCCUGCAGAGGAAUGCCCAUGUGACUUUGCAGGGGUGUCCUAUCCUGGUGGCUCUGAGCUCCAUACUGACUGUAAGAAUUGCACUUGCUCCCAGGGGAAGUGGACCUGCCAGCUCAGUGCACAGUGCCCAUCCACCUGUGUCCUCUACGGUGAAGGCCACGUCGUGACUUUCGAUGGACAGCGCUUUGUGUUUGACGGCAACUGCGAGUACACUCUGGCCACGGACGACUGUGGUGCCAACAGCUCACAGCCUACCUUCAAGGUCCUGACAGAGAACGUCAUCUGUGGGAAAUCAGGGGUCACCUGCUCCCGAGCCAUCAAGAUCUCCCUGGGUGGGCUGUCCAUCACAAUGGCAGACAGGAACUACACGGUCAGCGGGGAAGAACCCUUGGUGCACCUUCAGGUGAAGCCCAGCCCCCUAAACCUUGUCCUGGACAUAGGCAUCCCUGGAAGGCUCAACCUGACACUUGUGUGGAACAAGCACAUGAGUGUCUCUAUCAAGAUCCGCCGUGCCACCCAGGAUGCCCUCUGUGGCUUGUGUGGCAACUCCAAUGGGAACAUGAAGGAUGACUUUGAGACACGCAGCAAGUACGUGGCAUCCAGUGAACUGGAGUUUGUGAACUCAUGGAAGGAAAAUCCACUGUGUGGGGAUGCGAGUUACGUGGUGGAUCCCUGUAGCCUAAAUACCUUCCGGCGCUCCUGGGCUGAGCGCAAAUGCAACAUUAUCAACAGCCAAACCUUUGCCGCCUGCCACAGUAAGGUAUACCACCUGCCCUACUAUGAGGCCUGUGUGCGUGAUACCUGUGGUUGCGACAUGGGCGGAGACUGCGAGUGUCUGUGCGAUGCAGUGGCUGCCUAUGCCAAGGCCUGUCUGGACAAGGGCGUGUGUGUGGACUGGAGGGCCCCAGACUUCUGCCCUGUCUACUGUGACUUCUACAACAUCCACACACUGGUGGGUGAGAAGGAAUACCAGUAUGCUCAAGAGGCCAACUGCACGUGGCACUACCAGCCCUGUCUCUGCCCUGGCAGCUUGGGGAGCUUCCCGGACACAAACAUUGAAGGAUGCUACAACUGCUCCCACAAUGAGUACUUCGACCACAAAGAAGGGACCUGUGUACCCUGCGCACCACCCACUACCACACUACCGCCAGCCACCACAGGUUCACAGCCCACCACGGCAACUCCCACCAGCACUGAGUUCUAUAGUUCCAGCUCUGCAGCUACACCUGUGGGCCCCUCCUACUUGCCAGGUCUUCCAACCCCAGCACCUUCAACCCCAUCCUCCACUGAGGAAGUAACAGACUGGACCACCCCCAAGAAAUCCACAGUCUCCUCAGAAUACCCUCAAACCACUGAGGCUACUGCACCACUGACAUCACCUUUGCCUCCUACAUCCAUACCGAGGUCAACACCCACAAGGCUCCCAGUGACACAGGCCACAACCAAGCCCACAGCAUCUUCCCCCAGCUCAUCCACAAAGACCACAGCUCAGUUCACAGAGAGUACCACAGUGACACCACCAACCUCAGUAAUGCCUGAGAUGUCCACCAGCCAAGGUGAGUCAAGGCCCCUGGGAAGCCAGGGCACCCGAGCCAAAUGUUCAACUCUGACUCUCAGUAUAGCAUAUCCAACUCAACAAGAGAGUCUGUAUUGCUCAGGGGGUGAGGGAGAGGGGAGCCAAUGGGGCAGACAAGUGGCAGGGAGAAAGGGAUACAGCAUGACAACCAGUCACGCCUCAGGCCACACAGGACAAGCAGGAAUGAUAAUACUCCACAACUGCUCCCUCGGAAACAUCUAUCCAGACAACAACCACUUUUCCAAGGACUCAAAGCUCAUUAGCCUCUGUAAACCCAACACUUACUACUCCUGCCACUCCCACUGGAAGUUCCUCACCGUCCACCCCAGUGUCACUCUCCAAUCCAGACUCCUCCGUCUCCUCUCCACCCAUCGAUCCUGGAGCCUGCAGCUUGCAGGAAGAGGAACAACAGAUUAUCUACCAGGGCUGCGUGGCAAACGUGACUCUAACUCGUUGCCAGGGUUUCUGCGCAUCCUCUGUCAGGUGAGUUGUUGGUAAACACCCUCCUUUCUGCAGGGACCAGAACCCUCCUAGGAGCUGGGCUCUCAGUGUUUCCCACACCUACUCUGACCAACAGAGGUCUAUGCCAGUGGUUCUCAACCUGUGGGUCACGACCCUUGGGGGGGAUCGAAUGACCCUUUCACAGAGUCACCUAAGAUCAUCAGAAAACACAAAUAUUUACUUAUGAUUAAUAACAAUAGCAAAAUUAGUUACAAAGUAUGUGAAAAUAAUUUUAUGGUUGAUCGUUGCCACAACACAGGGAACUAUAUUAAAGGGUUGGAGUAUUAGUAAGGUUGAGUGAGAACCACUGGUCUAGGCAGUGCACUCUGGCCACACUUUCCUUGCCUGUGAGUAGACACUGGUUCUUGAGGGCCUGGCCUACAAAUCAGCUAGUAUCCAUUCUACUUUGGGACUGGCCUGGGAGGAGAGGGCCAAUCCUGACCCUGCUGGUCUCUGCUUCUUGGCAGUCUCAAUACGGACACCUUGCAGUUGGAGACCCGCUGUGGCUGCUGUCAGCCCCUCAGCACCUACGAGAAGCGACUCUCCCUGCCCUGCCCCGAUCCCAAUGCACCAGGUCAGCAGCUCACACUCACCCUCCAGCUGUUCAGCAGCUGUGUAUGUAGCCCCCUGCAAUGCAAGGACUAAACAACAGCAAGUGGUUUCUUGAGCACAAGGGAUCACAGACACAGACACAGACACACACAGACACACACACACACACACACACACAGCCACUCCUGAUACUUCCCUAACACUUGUAACAAGCAAUCCCCUUACUGGCCAUGGGCAUGGCCUCAAGGAGACCUUGGACAAGGCUCAUCCUGAGACAGCAGAGAAACAGAGCAACAGCUGUCACGAAAAGCCUCCUACCACCUACCUCCUGCAGACCUUGACCAAGCAAAACAGGCCUUCAGUGGAAAUGAACUACCAACAUCUCUUCAACCUUGAUGCCCUGGGAAUUUCCUGUCCACCUGUAUAGCACCUCCCAGCCUCUGGCUAUAAUACCCAAGAGAUCAGAACACCCAAAGCAGAUGCUGGGAAGACUGGGCAGGGCAUCUGGGGAGACAUGGGGAAUAACAGGAAGAUGCAGGGGUAUGAGCCUUGGGUAGGGACAGGCAGCGGGGUAAGCACCAAAGAGGCACAAGGAAAGGAGGUCUCCCCAGAGUCAGGGAGAAGCAAAAGGCAUUGGCACCCACUGGGCAGGAGGCCAUCACCCAACCAGUCAGUAGAUUGCAAAUAAACUGGUUCUUUUCAAGGCAGAACCUGGUGUGUACAUGUUGCUGUUGUCUUCCAGAAUCCUGAGCAUGAUCACAAACACCUGCACAGGCCAGGCCACUAGGACCUGGGACUGUCCGGGUCCAUGUGGGGCUAAGACAGAAAGACCACCAGCCCUGGUCUUGAGCUGCACCCAUCUGGGAUUCUGUGGGGAAACCCUUUAUCUUCCAGGCUCCCCAGACAAGGAC